CUCAUUAGUCGCUGAUGAAUUUGCACCUGGUCAAGUGUCUGAGGCUCUAGAGACUGAAAUGUUUGGUAGUUUUUCAUAUUUCAGUAAAAUAUUGGGUCAGAACUGUUAAUGUUCUGUUGGGAACUCCGAGGGCCUUGUGAGUGCUCCUGGAAGGUCAGAGGUCACCUGGCACGGAUUCAGCAGGCCAGACGGGAAGCCACCGCUAAGCGAUCCAUCACGCUCUGCAAUUCAUCGACAUCAAGUGCAGUCGGGAGGAUACGACCACCGGAACAGGCUUUGUUUAGUGCUUUGGCAGCAGGCUUCAACAACCACACACCAGCGAACCGCUCGUGUGGCAGGAGGGAAACUGUCUGCUGUGUGGGGAAACGGAGGCGUCUGAAAGCAGAGGAGUGGAGGAGGCGAAGCAGCUCCAUCACACCCGGCCAGAGAACGACAUUUAACACCACCAAAAGAUCGACCUCUCGACCGGUGGCCAGCUCCACGCACGACUGGAUCGGUCCACCAAACCCUCUUUCCAACCUGCGGCCGAUCGUUUACCACAUCCCUGAGAAGGAAACGGAGCUGGAGAAACAUCUGCGACACCUGAGGCAAGAGACCGAGGACUGGAACCACGACUUCUGGACCAGGCAGAACAUCACCUUCUGCAAGGAAAAAGAGGAUUUCAUCGUUUCACAGCUGAAGGCCAAAGGCUUGACUGCACGCGAUGAGCAAGGACGCCGGCGGUCCCUGAACAGCGAAGAGAUGGCCAUGUUUUACAAAAGCUUCCUGGACAAAAACAGAAUAAGACAUGCAAAUUAUAACAAAGAGUGGUACCGACGCAACUUCACCAUCACCCUGCUCAUGGCCCGGGUCGCCCUAAACAACAUGUGGAAGACGGUAACUGACAGACACGGGGGAGGGAAGAACAGCACCCCCACCACCUGAUGAGAAGCAAAGUGUUCAGCCACCCUCCUGUCUUUGUUUUUUGGUCAUCUGUUGGAAUUUGGAAACCUGCUUGUCUCACCUGUCUGAUGUGGUUAGAGCCCCCUCAGGCGUUCAAAUGUAUUUCUGGACACACAAAAAGAUGAGCUGCUGAUUUCAUUUAGUGAGUCUCAGCAUCUGUCUUGUAAUUGCACUGAAAAACUUCAGAAAUCUUAAGGGGUUUCCCAUCAGCAGGGCGAUGGUGCUGCAACAGUGACAGUGAAUAUUGCAUUGAAAAUAAAUGUCUAUUAUAUUUUGUUUUAAUAAACUAAAUCUGCAACAUAA